UUGAUGUUCACUUGCACUUGCAGAUUUUGCACCAAAUUCACGUCAAUUUUUUGACAUUUUUUAGACGUUACAAAUACUAAACAUUGACAAUUUCUGGUUGCAUUGAUUUAUCCAAAGUUUUUAAGAACAAGAAAAAUACAGAACCGGCGGUAGAAUUGAUGAAUUUGGAUAAAAAUAUCGAUCCAUUUUUUGUAACUGACUUUCUCGAUGUCAACUUCGUGCUGCGGUAAAUACACGUACCAUCAGACAUCACGGACCAAGAAUGACAUGAACGAUGUCUUCACAUCUCAAUAAGUUUUCCUGGUGACUGGUGUUGAAUGUUGAUGACCAAUCUUAGUCAGAAUUAAAGAUGGAAAGAUCCUGAACAUGGGCAAGACAAAGAAAUCAGAGACUGUUGGUAACAUCAAAGGGCAGAAAACCCUGAACUGUUUCUUUGCAAAAAAGCCUCCAGGUGGGCAGUCUAAACUGUUUACUCAAGUUCAGCCUGGUGCAAGAACCAUUGCUCCUCCAGCCACCUCCAAAUCUUUACAUAGUUUGCUAAAAAGCACAGACGACUCAUCUGAUUUCCAAGCACAGAAGACAUCAAAGAGCCCUAAUAGCCCCAAUCUUAAACUCACAUCAUCCAAAGGCUGCCAUCAAAGCAAAGAGAGACAUUUUGGCAGUCAUAGAGGAAACCACAAAGGGAAAACAACUCUCUCUAAAGUUCACAAGACGUUACUGGAAACUCCCCCAAGAAAAGUCAAUUACACUUCUCACAGUGCUUCCAAAAAUAUUGAACUUCGGCAACCAUCAAAUGUAAGCCUGGUACAGGUGUCUAAAACCAAGUUAGGCCAAGAUGCCAAGGGAAAUAACAACAGCCACAAUGCCCAGGCUAGUAGUUUCCAUGACAACACCAAUGAUCUCAAUCAAGGAAGUCAAGGGUCUCAAAUUACAGUCAUCCCAGAAACUCCUGAGGCAGUUCUCAAUUCCAAGAAAGCACACAAGAUUUCUACUCCUCUACCAGACGACGAUUUGACACCUAACAGAAACCUCAAGUCUCCAUUCUCGAUCUUUGUUCCUGAAACACCAACCAGUGCUGGUCAUCCACAACAACGUAAUAAAUCCAUCAGCCGCCUCAGAAAUGACAGCAACUCAAAGAAGCUCAGCCAUAAACCCGACUUCCAAAAUGCAGAAAGAUUUUCCAGCAGAACUGACAAGAUUACGUCAUUGAAAUCACUUAAGAAAAACAAGAAAUCCUGUCUUGAGGAUGAAGGGACUGACUUACUUGAAGAGAUGCUGCAAGAAUUUGCUGAAUCCUCAACCCAUACCCCAAAAGGAGGUAAGAGACUGACAACUCAUCCACAGCUUCCGUUAGGAAUCAGUCGGACUCCAGGCACUCUCUGUGAAACUGAAUGUAAUCCUAUUACAGUUGAAGCAAAUCCUGUCAGCACAUCACUGAACAAAGAGCAAAAAUCAAACAUUAAUACCAGUGAUGCAAUCCAAGACUCCAGCGACAGUUAUCCUGCUAGAAAUAUUUCUGAGGCAGAGUUCUCUGCGAUUGUACCUCAAACAGAAAAGCAGAACGUUGGCCUAACUGCAGGGCCACCUACUACUGGAUUGGAUCUAAAAGAUAACAUAAAACAAACUAUGGAUCCGUUAGAAGAGAUGCUUCAGGAGUAUUCAUCAUUAGCAUCAUCUCUGCCUAUCAACUCUGACAAGAAGAUUCCUUCCAGAUUGAAAACAAAGAGUGGUUCCUUAGGGGAGAGACAGGUGUUCCAUGCUCGAAGGCCAUCUUCAAAGCUCUCAAGGACCUUCCGUAAAAACAGCCGCAACAUUAAAUUAGGCCCAAGCCCUGCAAAAAACACCAUACAGCAUGAACAUGAUGAAAGCACGACCUUACCAAUUGUAGAUAAAAACACAGAUGAUUUAAAUUCUGUCUCUUCAGCGGAAGAUGAAAGCGAUGUUGAUACUUUCAUCCCAAGCAGUGUUUCUUUAGAAGAGGAUUUAUUUGCUUCAGCCACCAAGAAAAAGAUUAAGAAUCCUUUUGCAGUGAAACCGUCCAAAAUCAAACUGAAGUCGAUGGGAUUAAAUCAACAAAGUAAGAGCCAAUCAACAACAGCGACUCAAAGUAAGUUAAAUAUGCGGAAGAGAUCUCCUACUAAGGGGAGCUCACCCUAUGCAAAGCGGCUCUACACCAGUGAUGCUAAACAAACCAUAGAGUCAUUGUCUGAAACGAUAAAGUCGCCACUAUCAAGUACCGUAAAAGAUUCAAGCGGAUGUCCCCCAAACAGGAAUACUGAGCAUAUCGGCUCUUCUGUCAAAAAAUCGCUUUUUCAAGAAGAAAAAGAGAAUCUCUAUGGCAAAGUUGAUUUGUCACCCUCAAGAAGUAGCACAAGUCCUCAGAAACUCACAGACAAAACCAACGUUGAGAUUUAUACAGGGGCCGAAUCUUCUAAUAUGAGGAAACAGAAUUCAAGACAGGAAUCUGAUGAAGUUAAACCAACAGCAUCAGACAAGAAGAUAAACAAAGCCAAGUGUGCCAGUCUCCCCACUGAAGACUCGGUCUUGGAUUUAAAGGGCUUUUCCUUUAGUGGUCCUACAGAUGGGGUCAGAGACAGCAGCUCACAGCCAAACAUUGGCAGUGAGCCAAGUCAUGGAGCUGAUGAAUUAUGGGAUGGAGAACUCGAUGAUUCUCUUUUGGCCGCAAUGGAUAUGGACAACCUUGGAAAUGAUGGCAUGUCUGAGGCGAAACUGGAGAGCCUGGAGACUAAGGUGACAAGAGAUUUCAGUCUUCUCUCACCAUUUAAAAGCUCAUCACAGCAAAAGGAGAUUUCCCUGCCGGUUGACUUGAAUCGCUACAAAGUGAUUGGCAUCCAACAUACUGGAAGUGAGAAACUGAUACAGUUGAUGUGUCUGACUGAGCACAAACAGAAGUCAUGUAAGCUGACAGGUUCAUGGUUCAAUACACUCCUUCAUGAAGGAGACGUCGUGGCCGUUCAUGGGAAGUUUGACUCCUCAGGAAUGUGCACCGUAGACCAGCAGAAGAAUUUCUUGGUUGUUCAUCCUGAUCUUUUACUCACAGGGACCAAUGUGUCAAGGAGUAUCCGUUGUAUGAGAAGGUCGUUGCUGAGUGACAAAUUCAAAGGAUUGGACUGUGCCAGUAAACCAAUGUUGCUUGGUACAAUGCUCCAUGAAGUGUUUGACAAGGCUGUAGAAACAAAGAAUUUCUGUGAAGAAAAUCUUCUGAAAGUUGUAGACAAGGUUUCUCACCGGCUGCCAUACCUCAUAGACAUGUAUGCUAUUGGAAUGACGGAGCAGAACGUUCUUCAAGAUGCUCAGGAGUACGUUGGAACAAUGAAGAGAUGGGCUGCCAGAUUCCUUCAACCUCAUCCCAAACAGAGUGCAACGGUCGAUAUCAAAAUGCCUGGUUUGAAUCAGACCCAGAAAUUUAACGUCUGCGUUUCUCGCAUUCAAGAUAUUGAGGAAACAGUCUGGUCUCCACGAUGGGGGACAAAGGGGAAGGUGGACCUGACAGUAGAAGUAAAGAUACAUCCACAACGAUCUCAAGGAUCCAAACAUCAGAUGACAGUCCCUCUGGAGCUCAAGACUGGUCGUCAGACAAACUCCAUCGAGCACAGAAGCCAGUUGGUGUUGUACAGUCUGAUGCUAGGAGACAUCCACAGUGGUGCAUCCAGUGAUCUUGGGAUGUUACUCUAUCUUAAGACUGGAGCAAUGAUGGCCGUCCCUGCUACACACAUGGAUAAAAGAGAGCUUAUUCAUCUUCGGAACCAGCUUGCCUAUUAUCUAUCCCUUCGAGCCAAGUUGUCGAAUGAUGGUGGAUGGACGUUACCGAAACUCCCAGACCCCAUUGAAGACAGCUUUACUUGUGGGCACUGCGCUCAUAGGGUGAGCUGCUCACUUCUUCAAGGGAUUGAGUCGGAUCAAGGCUUGGUCUCUGAUCUGAGUGAAACAGGGCGCCACUUCUUUGCUGAACAGAUUAAUCACUUGUCUUCUGCGCAUGCUGAGUAUUUCAAACAUUGGCAUUUACUCUGUGCACUGGAGAAUAUUGCCUCUGAGAAGAGAAACCAGACUAAACACAUAUGGUGUACAGAUGCUCUGGAGAGGGAGGAGAGGGGAGGUGGCAAUUGCUUGAGUAGCCUUCAGCUAGCUGGAUGUAAACACAAUAAGACUCAAGAGUCUUUUCAUAUCAGCUUCAAACGACAACUGGGUCAUCAGAGUCGGUCAAUGUUAGAUUUCCAAGUGUCUCAGGGUGAUCGUGUUGCUGUAUCAGUGGAAGAAACAAGGAAAGUUGCAACCUGUACAGGUUUUAUUGAGAGUAUUGGAUCUGAAGAAGUCACCAUCAAAUCAGACAGGCCGUUGGUAUCGACCCAAAGCAAGCCAGUGUAUCGAAUGGACAAAGAUGACGCAUACAACAACAUGGCUUCCAGUCUUGUUAACUUAGCCAAAUUAAUGCACAACGAUGAAAAUGCUUGUAGACUUUGUAAGCUUGUCGUUGAUCUGAAUGAACCACAAUUCGAUAGCGAUUCACAAGUGCCAGAAUCUGCAAAGAAGAAAGUGGCUGAUAUUCUUAGCUCACUCAAUUCUGACCAACAGAGGGCCAUUAAUGCAGUUCUUAGAUGUCAAGAUUAUAGCCUGAUUAUUGGCAUGCCAGGCACAGGUAAAACGACGACUAUCGUUGCAUUGGUGCGCAUUCUCUGUGCAUGUGAUCUAUCUGUCCUUCUCACAAGCUACACUCACUCUGCUGUCGAUAACAUCCUUCUUAAAUUAAUCAAGUUUGGAAUUUCACCUUUGAGAUUAGGGUCAGAACAUCGAGUGCACUCUGACCUUAGGUCAUAUACAGAGCCGGCUGUGCUUGGUACUUCAAGAAGCGUUCAACAACUUGCAUCAUGCUUUGAAACUAAGCUUGUUGUGGCCACAACAUGCCUUGGUGCUAAGCAUACUCUUCUGACUCGACGUACAUUUGAUGUGUGUAUCGUUGAUGAGGCAUCACAGAUAAGCCAGUUGGUGUGUCUUGGGCCGCUGUUCCGUGCCCGGCGCUUUGUCUUGGUUGGUGACCACAAGCAACUUCCUCCUUUGGUACAGAGUAAUGCAGCAAGGCAACUUGGAAUGAGUGUGAGUCUGUUCCAGAGACUCGGUGAGCGCCAUGAGUCGACCCCAUCAGCAGCAGUUCAGCUUAGUCUACAAUAUCGUAUGAACUCUGACAUUAUGAAACUCAGUAACACACUGGUGUAUGAGGGCAGGCUUCGAUGUGGUAAUGAAGCUGUUGCUACAGCUAAGCUUAAUCUGCCUAACUGGAAAAGGGUCAAGAUGGAGCUGACCAACGAUGACGGUGAUAAUUCCUGGUUGAUUAACGCAAUCCAGCCAUCCACUCCAGUUUGUUUCCUUACCACAGAUAAGGUCAAGUUCCCAGAAGAAGCAUAUGAGAAACACACAGUAAAUAAAGUAGAGGCUCUGCUGGUUCAGCGGCUUGUUGGCUGUUUGAAGAAGUGUGGUUGUGCACAAGGUGAUAUAGGAAUCAUCUCUCCAUAUCGUAACCAAUGUAAGCUGCUGGGAACCAUGCUAGAUGAACACAUUGAAGUCAAUACUGUCGACAAGUACCAGGGAAGAGAUAAAGAAGUCAUCAUUGUGUCAUUUACUGCAAAGGACGUAGAGUCUGGGAGUGGUUUUCUUUUGGAGGAUCUUCGACGUCUCAACGUUGCUUUGACAAGAGCUAAACACAAACUCAUUCUGAUUGGCUGUAUCAAAGCACUCAGUAAAUAUGGACCAAUGAGGCAGCUCCUAGAAUAUCUGCAAUCUACCAAGAUGAUGGUAACCCUCCCAUCAGAUGUAUGCAGUAAGUCCAGUCAAUUUUGAAGUUGGUCUCCACAGAGUGUUUCUUGAGGCAUUCUGCUCAGAGGGUAGUAUUUCAUAAUUAGAGACUUCCUUUUGUCCAGCUGAUGCUCAAUUGCUGUCCAGACAGAUAACUAGUUUUUUACUGAAAGAGUGAUACAUUUUCUUGAUUCCUUUUACAGAAAUCUCAAAACUAGGAAGAAUUGUAAGCUAAAGUUAUUUAUUAUAUUUUUCUGGAGCCUAAAUACCAUAGUGGCUUGUUCCUAUGGCGACUGCAAUCACAAAUGGCGGGAAGAUUUGACAAAUUCUACAUGACAAUAAAGGUCAAUGGAGAGGCAUGACCAGAAUACAAUAUUUUAUUUCUCAAGAAAUUUUCACUGAGAAAAAUCAGCAAAAUGAGUCAUGUGUGGGCGUAUGGUGAUUAUUCAUACAGAUGUGAAUGACCCCGAUAGGUUUUGUUGUUGUUCAGAAGUCCUUCUUAGAGAAGAAUAGUUAGGUUAUUUUUGCAAGUUGUUUUUGGUUUCCUUUCUCAGUAUAAGAAGUAUAGUACAACUAUAUGAUUACCUUGAAGAUUUUGUGUUAGAGCAUAAUAAGUAACAAAAAAUGUCUUUGGAAUUUCCAUAUAAUUAAAAAUCCUUUAUAUUGGUCAUUAUAUGUACAAGUUAUUGCUCUUUGUUUCCUUUAUGUUCGGUGUAAUUAUAUUCAGACCACUGUAAUCAUACUGCUUAAAGAAGUCAAAUUUAGACACAAACAAAUGUUUGUUUUCUCUCGGCCAUUUUAUGAUAUUUUUAGUGCCACACAAAAUACUUUUGUUUUCUUAAAGACAAGAUAUAAAUAUUUAUUAAUCACAAUUUAAUAAGAAGUAUAAUCUGAAGUAAGGCCAAUCAAAGCUUGGGGAGCAUCAUUGUAUAAUACAAUCUAAUGGUUUUUGUAAGAUAAAUCUUGGAGAUUGAAUAAAAGUGUUCAUACUGUUGCCAAAUGCAAUCUUUCUGAUGUGAAUAAUUAGAAAUCUUUAUGCCGAUUUUGCCAUCGGUGCUGCAUACUCUUCAGUAAGGUUUAAGUCACAAUAGACAGAGUAAUGGCAAUAGUGUAAGUUGUUUUGAUACCAUGUUUAAAGGUGCCUAAAAAUGCCUGCUAUAUAUUUACAAGUUGCAUCUGAAGUUUGAUGUUUAAAACCCUGCAAGAUAGUGAUUUCAACCACAUCUCUGGUCCAAAGAAAGCACUGAUCCCUUGCAAUGGACAUCACCAGAUAAUGUUGUACUGUUAUGUAUCGCAAAAUUAACAUCUGCAUCUAUAAUAAGAAGUCAAUUUGUGUUGUACAAUAAUACAACGAUGAGCAAUCAGUCCGAUAUAGGAUCUCUUACUCACUCAUUUCAUAGUAGACACAGUUCUCCAUCACGUUAUUUCCAGCAUUAACCUGUGAGAUGGUCACGUUGUUGAGUUGACACAUCUUCCCAGACAGGUUGAAGGAGCGGCAGUUUGGAUCCUUGGAGCAAGCCAGGCAGCACUGUAUGGGGUUCUUGAUGAUGGUUUCCUUGAAGGUGUGGCCAAGCAGACAGUAGGGUGUGGUUUGAUGAUCAUAGCUUGCUGGGUUGACACUGAAGGAGCGUCUUGGUGGGGUACACGUUUUUCUCUCGCAUAUGAAACUUCGCUUUAGUUGACAUCCUAACAGAGCCCACUGACCAUGUUUGUACUUAAGACAACAACAGUUUGUAGCAUUGAAAUCUUGUCCAUCUUGCAUAUUCUUGUAGUCAUGCUGACCACCAUCAAAGAAUACCAACCCAUCACUGGCAGAGUUCAUGCAGCCCAGCCAUACAUUGCGAUAGUCAAAAGAUUGAUCUUGAAUUAGCUCUAAAUGCAAGGAAUGCAUGAAUUGAUCUUCGGAUUGCGAGUUUGCUAUGCCAAGCUGACUAUCUACAUUGUGGCAUGCCUGACGAGCUUCAGACCACCGUAGUGGCCCGUCGAUAACCAUCUUGUAGCAAGACUGAUCAAACUGCCUCCAGCCUAACGGACAACCACUUUCUACAAUGAUGGAUCUACCAAACAUCAACAGCAGAAAUCCGCCAGUCAGAGUUAUCAGAUGCAUGGUGUACUGU